UUACACCAACAAAUCAAACUUCUCUUUAACUCAAAGAAUAGCUACAAAACAAACACACACACACUUAUAAACACUUAGAACAUUUCAUAUAGCAAAACCAAGAAAGAUGAUGAGACCCAAAUCACCAAACUCCAUUAAUCCAAAGCUUCUCCUCAUCAUUGUCCUCAUAUCUUCUUUCCUCCUCUUCAUUCUUCGAUCGAUAAUUUUGUCGACUUCGACCCAAGUUAUCGACAUUAAUCCUCCUCCUCGGAGUACCAACAAAAGCAAAGAUUGUUCUCUAGAUUGCGCCAAAAUCCCGACAUCCCUAUCCGAGGCAAUAAUCCACUACGCGACCUCAACCAUCACGCCCCAACAAACGUUGAAGGAGAUAUCAGUGACCUCAAAGGUCCUCGACAAGAAAUCCCCGUGCAACUUUUUGGUGUUCGGGCUCGGUCACGAUAGCCUCAUGUGGCACUCGCUCAACCACGGCGGGCGCACACUCUUCCUCGAGGAGGACGAGGCGUGGAUCGAGCAAAUCAAGAGACGGUUCCCCAUGCUAGAGUCGCGCCACGUUAGCUACGACACUAAAGUGAGUCAAGCCAAUGCUUUGAUCGAAUCGGGUAAAUCCCCCGAAUGCGUCGCGAUCUCCGACCUGAGGCACUCGAUCUGCGCUCUCGCAUUGAAGGGCUUGCCUCGCGACGUGUACGAGACGCAAUGGGACUUGAUCAUGGUCGAUGCGCCCACCGGGUACUACGAGGAGGCCCCCGGGCGGAUGGCCGCCAUAUACACCGCGGGUAUGAUCGCCCGGAAUCGCGACGGCGGCGGAGGAGAGACUCAUGUUUUUGUGCAUGAUGUAAAUAGAGAGGUUGAGGAUAAGUUUUCUAGGGAAUUCCUUUGUGAAGGAUACAUGAAGAAGCAAGAGGGGAGACUAAGGCAUUUUGUGAUCCCAAGUCAUAGGGAUCAUUUGGACAAACCAUUUUGCCCAUUAGUAGAAAAGGCCACUUGAUCAUUGUGCACAUUUUUGUCAUCAUAUAUAUACACACUAUCUUUACUUCAAUUUCUUGAACAUUUAAUAUACAUGAAGAUUGACAAAUGUAGGAUGUACUUUUAAAUAAGAUGAGAUUACAAGAUCAAUCACAAGUAUUUAAAUGCAUGUGUGUAUUUUGUGACUGCCCAUAAUUAAUAAUGAAAUUUCUGAUAUCACAAAAUAAAUGAGAAGCCUUGGGUGU